AUGCAGUGGAUGCGUGGUGAGUUGAUUGGAAAGGGUUCAUUUGGUCGUGUUUACCACGCUCUCAACUUGGCAGCCGACGGCGAGUGGAUUGCUGUCAAACAAGUAGACUUGCCGACCACCAAAUCCGAACUUGCCAAUCCAGAAAUGCGCAACCACGUUGAUUCGCUUUAUCGGGAAAUCGCUCUUCUCGAGAAUUUGGUGCACGACAACGUUGUUCAAUAUCUUGGAUACGAUGCAGAUGAAGAAGAAGGACACUUACAUAUCUUCCUUGAGUACGUUCCUGGUGGUAGUAUUGCAACCUGUUUGAGCAAGAGUGGCAAAUUCGAUGAUCCACUUGUACGCUUCUUUACACGUCAAAUUCUUUUGGGACUUGAAUACCUCCACGACCGAAAUGUUUUACAUCGAGACAUCAAAGCCGGGAAUAUUCUUCUUGAUCACAAUGGUGUCUGCAAAAUUACUGACUUUGGCCUUUCCAAGCUGAGUGGGCAAGACGAAGCAUACGAUCCUAAUGCACAAAACUCUAUAAUGAGAGGCACCAUAUUUUGGAUGGCACCAGAAGUUGUAAACAGAGCACCCUACAGUGCAAAGAUUGAUAUCUGGAGUCUUGGGUGUACUGUCAUUGAAAUGUUGACAGGUUCCCACCCUUGGCUUGAUCUCAAUACACUUGCAGCAUUGUACAGCCUUGGAAAACACCAGGCACCACCCAUACCCAAAGACAUAUCAGAGCAUGCACGCGAUUUUCUCCAACAAUGCUUUACCAUUAACCCUGUUGAACGGCCUACUGCGGCUGAUCUUCUGGUACAUCCCUUUGUUCGCCAAGAUCCUACCUUUAAAUUCAAGGUAAGACGAGUAAAUGAUGGACUAGUUAUAAUUUGCACUACAUACUAA